AACGAGGUUCAGAGACAGAGAAAGUCAAAAAGUCUCUCUCAAGCUCUUCUGGGCUCUUGGCUUUUGGAUUGUCUUCCGAAGCCUAUCACAGAAGAAAUUGCGAGGGGACAUGACAUUAGCGGCAGGGAUCGGAUACGCCUUGCUAGCGUUAGGCCCCUCUCUAUCUCUCUUCGUCUCUGUCAUCUCCAAGAAGCCCUUCCUGAUCCUCACUGUCCUUUCUAGUACACUGUUAUGGCUAUCAAGUUUGAUAGUGCUGUCGGGAGUGUGGAGGGGUUUUCUUCCUCUCAAAUCAACAUCUAGGUGGCCCUAUGGACUACUUAUAUUCACAUCCAUUGCUUUUCAAGAAGGGCUUCGGGUUCUUUUCUGGAAAGUCUACAAGCGGUUGGAGGAUUUGUUGGAUGAUUUUGCUGACAGAGUCUCAAAGCCACGCUUAUAUCAGACAGAUAAGAUGGAAAUUGCUCUGGCUGGUGGUUUGGGUCAUGGUGUGGCACAUGCUGUGUUUUUCUGUCUUAGCCUCUUAACACCAGCAUUUGGUCCAGCUACGUUUUUUGUGGACAGGUGCUCUCAGCUACCAUUUUUUCUUGUUUCUGCAAUCAUUGCUCUUGCAUUUGUUACCAUUCACACUUUCUCCAUGGUCAUUGCAUUUAAUGGAUAUGCAGAAGGGAACAAAGUGGACCAAGUUUUUGUUCCUGUAGUUCAUCUUGUAGCAGGAAUGGUGACACUGGUAAAUUUUGCGUCAGGGGGUUGCAUCAUCGGUAUACCUCUCCUUUAUUUCAUUGCAAGCUUGACGUUGAUUCAUUGCGGAAAGAUGGUCUGGAGAAGAUUGACAGAAAAUCGGAGCAGACAGGGAAACUAAAUGCAGGCACCAUCUUUUAAAAAGUCUUCAUUGCUGCUGAUCAAGGUUUAUUUUGUAUUCAAGAAUUUCAACUAAUCCAGAAAGCAAAAACUAAAACAUCAAUAUCGUCCAAUUCCAGGUUAAAGAGUGUGUGUAGUGAUCGCUGAAAAAUUAGUCGUAACUUGUGUGUAAUUUUGUUCCAUCUGUUGACGCAAAUAACCAGUAAUUUACUAGCCCCCCCUAUUUUGGUAACAA